AUGGCGCCUCGCAAGAAGAAUGCAGCCAUCAAAUCGAGUGGCGCCAUGUCUUCAAAAGCGGCGCCACUGCCGGACUGGGUCAAGGGCGGCGGUGCCAAACCACCGCCACCGACAGGUACGAACCGUGAUGGAACAGCACAGCUAUUUCCCCCGCGGUACAAAACACCUCUAAACAUUAUGUAUGAGCGGAUCCAAAAGAUGCCAGGCUGGCUCAAGCCUGAAGUUGAGCCACUCCAUCGUAAGGACGGAUAUACAUGCGCCAUAACUUUGCGUAAAGAGAACAAGCAGGAAAAGUCUAACCCUUUCACCAUUCGUAUGGAGCCGAAAGAGCCCGGAGCUCGACUUAGGUGUGAAACCAGUCUGCAUGCAAAACACUGGGGUGCUACGUAUGUCUUAUUCCGCCUCUUCAAUAAUCUCGGCUUGCAUCGUGUAUUGCCGCCAGGUCCUCGUGAGUACUGGAUGCAGCUUGAGGAGGUGAAAGCGCAAUCACCAGACCACGAUAGCUGGAAAUGGGCUGCGGAUCCAUUUGAUGCUAUUGCAAAACGCGAUGCUGAGCGUGAAGUUCGCGAAAAGGAGCGCGCAGCUCGCGAAGCAGCACGAAAUGAUCCCACAAAGAAGCCACUCAGCAAGGCUUGGCAGCGUGCUAUGGAAGUCCGUAUGGCGCCCGAGCUUCGUGAUUUCGUGGAAGCAACGAUCCGCGCUCGUAUGACCGACGUGCCAGCUGUGGAGGUGGAUGGACUAGACUCUUCUAUGCAGGGAAUGAGUAUUGAUGUUGAUGCAAGGGAACUUGAGCAUGAGCUGGCAUCACUUGGCGUCCGACCAGGGUACAUUCGUAGGAUUGUUUCUUGGCUUCAGGAUGCCAGAGCCAAGUAUGCCACACCUGCAGCUUGGCAGCAGCUUCGGUUGUCCCAUCCUUUGUUAGCCUCGAUUCUCGCACUGCCUAACAAGGAGGCUGCUGUCGAAUAUCUUGUCUUGUACACUCCCGAGCAAGAUUUGCCCGUAAAGCUUCGCCCCACCGCCACCUCCGAGUCGUUCAUCAAAAGUGCUGCGAGUGGUGGUGGCCAGGAUGCUUUAGUGGAUCGUUGGACCAUCGACAAGUUUUCUAAAAGUGCCGGAUUUCCCCGUGAGAAUGUUGCCCAAGCUAUCGAGGCUGUGCGCGAAUCGGAUCAACAGCUAUCUAAUACUGCACGGGAAGGUGUCGUGCUCGAUUUACUGCUUCGCAAGCUCCUAGGCCAGCAUGCGCCGGUAUCGUCCCUUGUCACGUGCGAUCCUCGACCUGAUGAUGAUUUGACACAAAAGCGGCACGAUGAACGAGUCAUGCUUGCAGCUUGUUUGGGUGACGAUAUGCUGCAGCCUGUGCCUGAGCAGGAUGCCAUUACGUCGGAUGACUAUGAUAUCUGCCUAGGCACAUUCGAAAAGGAUAAAGUAUUCUUACGCGUUUCGCCCUCGCAUCCUGCAUCACGUUAUCUCGCAAACAGUGAAGCAUGGCCUAGUGUCUAUGUAACGAGUCCCACACUGCCAUCUUUCUUACGUCUAGCUCUUACACGACAUGCGCUGCAAUGUUUACAGGGCCAGCGCUCUGAUAUCAAAGAAGCACUUGAUUUAUGUGAGGGUGGCGUGUUGUUCCUCUUGUGUGAAGAGCUUAGAGAGUGCAUUCCAGCCUAUGUGCGAGACCCGCCACCCCUAGAUGAGGUAAUGGAAUCACUGGUAGAAGCUGCACCAAAUGCGGCUGCACGCGCAAUUCAGGAAACUGAAGCAACACGGCGUCAUAAGCAACAGCAAAAGUCGACGAUAUCAUCUCAGUCGCACUCCUUGUCUCCGCAGAGAACCCGCAAAGCACGGAAACUUGAGCGCAAUGGACACGUCGACACAGCGAUGCACGAAGCACACACAAAGUGGCAUAGCUCACUUAAAUACGUGGAGAGUGUAGGGCCGAUCCGCGAGUCGCUACCGGCAUACGCAUCACAGGACAUGUUGUUGAAGACACUUCGAGAACAACGUGUCGUGUUAAUCGCCGGUGAGACGGGUUGUGGUAAGACGACACAAGUGCCGCAAUUUAUCCUGGACGAUGCCAUCCAGCGCGGCUGCGGGAGUCUCUGUAGCAUUGUCGUGACACAACCGCGACGUGUGUCUGCAAUGGGUGUUGCAGCGCGUGUAGCGACGGAACGAGGUGAAUCGCUCGAUACAUCUGAUAUACCGGAUGAAGCACAAGUUGGGUAUGCCAUUCGUGGUGAGCGACGUGCAAGCAAGUCAUGUCGCUUGCUGUUCACGACGACGGGUGUGCUUCUACGUCGGCUCGCGACAGGCACUGAUCCCAACCUUGAGUCUGUAUCGCAUGUGAUUGUGGAUGAAGUGCAUGAAAGGAGCACGGAUUCGGACUUUUUGCUUCUUCUUCUUCGCGAAGUGCUCGCGAGGAAUCCCUCUCUACAUAUUGUGCUGAUGAGUGCAACGAUUCAAGCAGAGACUUUCACCUCAUACUUUGACGGUGCGCCCUAUCUUUUUAUACCCGGUCGGACAUUUCCUGUACAAGAGCACUAUUUGGAAGAUAUUGUGCGGCUUACGUCGUAUCGGGUGCCUGUUCCUUUCACGCGUGAAGACGAACGCCUUAACAAGCUUGUGGAUGGCAGCAUGCUGUCAGAUGCGGAUAUUUCCACGGUGCGCGCAUUAUGUGCCUCCAAUCACACAGACUAUGAUCUGCUCGCACACACUGUUGCAUAUGCGAUGAAACGUGCUGAAAAAGUUGAUUUCACGGGCAGCCUCACAGGUCGCGCGGCCAUCUUGGUUUUUUGUCCAGGUGUGGGAGAAAUCCGACAGGCUAUGGACGCGAUUAGCGCUUUGUGCACAGACGGGGUGGUUCUCCUACCUUUGCAUGCGAAUCUAGCUCCAAGCGAGCAGCGCAAAGUUUUUCAAGCCGUUCAUAAGACGGAACGCAAAGUCAUUGUUGCAACCAACGUUGCUGAGACGUCCAUUACGAUACCAGAAGUCUGUUAUGUCGUCGAUACGGGCCGUGUACGUGAGGCUCAAUACGAUGCGCAGGCAGGUGUUUCUCGCCUGCUUGAUGCAUGGGCGUCGCGUGCAGCUUGUAAGCAGCGAGCAGGGAGAGCAGGACGUACUAUGUCUGGUGAGUGUUUCCGUUUGUACACAAAAGGUAUGGAAGAACAUCUACAACGUCCUCAGUCCAUUCCAGAGAUGCAGCGAACUCCGUUGGAAGGCGUUGUCUUGCAGGUGAAAGCCAUCCAACCAACGGGUGAUGUCAAAGCCUUCCUGCAGAAAGCCCUAGAUCCGCCUCCUCUGGAUGCGCUUGAGGCUACUCACAAAAGACUCAUCAUCGCCGGUGCCUUGCAUGCUGAGGGCGGCUAUGCAGCAAAGUUGACGCCGCUAGGCCGUCACCUCGCGCAGCUUCCAUUGGAAGUGCGCCAGGCCAAGCUCCUUGUGCUCAGUUGUUUGUUUGGCUGUGUGGAGCCAAUGUUGCAUGUUGUGUCUCUGUUAUCAUGUCGUUCGAUUGUAGCGAGCUCGUCACAGCGCGAUGAAACCAAGGCGAAGGCUCGCUCAGCUUUCUUGUAUGGCCAGAGUGAUUUGCUGUCUUACGCCAAUUUGUUUGCGACAUGGCUUGCGAUGCGGCAUGAGAGACGGCCCAUGAAGGAAGUUCGCACGUUCUGUGAUGCACAUGGCCUAUCGAUGCAGGCCCUGCAAGACGUUGAUAUGACGCGUAUAACGCUGCUGCGUCAACUGGAGGAGCUUGGCCUAAUAGGCCGCGACUAUGUGAUUUCGUACAGGUCUCAAGGCCCUGCAUGGCCAAGCAAGAUAUCGAUGUUGCCCUUGGACACAAACAGUGGCAACAUCAAUUUGCUGAGGGCACUUCUUCUUGCAUCGCUUUGGCCGUCAAUCGCACGUGUCGACCAGCCGACGGCAAAGUACAAUGCAUCUACAUCAGGCGCUGUGCUAAAGGAAGCUCAAGCGAAAGAGCUCCACUACUAUGAUGAGUCGGACGGCCGGGUCUUUCUGCAUCCUAGCUCCAUGCUCUUCCAUGCUACUAAGUACAAGACGAACUAUGUGGUCACAUUCGCAAAGAGUGCCAGUGGUGCUGCCGGACAAGCACGGACAUAUCUGCGUGAUGCGACAGAAGUGCCUUUGUACGCUCUUCUACUGCUGGGCGGGCCGUUGUACGUGGAUCAUGAAGUAGGAGGCAUUACGAUUUCCACCGGCAUAGAGGCGAGUAAGGAUGCAUGGGUCCGCCUCCGCGCAAGCACGCGGAUCGGUGUACUGUGCCGGCAGCUUCGACAGCUUCUUGAUCGAGUGUUGGAGGAGGGUGUACUAGACGUGCAAGCGCUCAGCGCUGCACACAACCAGCAUGUGGUUCAGGCCAUGAUUGCUCUGCUUGCACAAGAUGGCCUGACCUAA